UGCAAAGUUAUGGCAGAGCACCACAUCGCGCAUCCGCUUCACUCGCGCGGCAUCUGCGCCGUUGUGUUUGGCUACCAACGGGGGUUUACAAGGGAAUUCCUCACGAUUGCCGCGGCCCUUCGCGCCCACAAUCAAUCAAGGCGCCACUAUACAUCACUCGCGACGUGGACGGCCACCGUGUCACGAGUUUUGCGCGACUGGCUCACUCACGUCGACUUGGCCGCUUUUGCGCGUCUGCAUGGCCAAAAUGCUUCCUUGUUCGAUGGCGUCAUGCAUGACCUGGCGUGCGUCGGUCGAAGGGAUCUCUUGGAGUACUUGUAUCAUUGUGGCGGCAACGAAAACGUGUGCUCGCCGGCAGCAGUCGACUGUGCCGCCAGAGCAGGACAUUUGGAUUGCGUGCAAUUUUUCACACACGUCUACCAUCAAACUGCGACGACGGAGGCCAUGGACCACGCGGCGUGCAAUGGCUUUGACGCUGUCGUGCGAUACUUGCACCAACAUCGACGCGAGGGGUGCACUCAUCGAGCGCUUGAUUGGGCUGCAAAGGCUGGUCACCUCUCCAUCGUGCAGUUCCUCGUCGAUCACGUUCGAACCUGCUGCUGCCAUUCAACGGCCCUGGACAUUGCUGCAGCCUCUGGUUUCAUGGACAUCGUGGCAUGGCUGCAUCCCCGCACAUUGCCGUACCAGUCUACCGACGCAGUGGACGGUGCAGCGGCGGCCGGCGACUUGACGAUGGUCGAUUUCCUGCUCAAGCAUCGACAGGAAGGGGCUUCAGGCGCUGCGUUUUCGUCAGCGGUCGCGCAGGGACGCAUCGACAUCUUGCGUCGAUUGCUCGCGGCAAACCUCGCCGUCGACGUCAGCGACGCCAUUGUAAUUGGUGGCGAACACGGACAUUUCGCAGCCGUGGCAUUACUCACUCCGCGCAUCCAGGACUGGCGACCCGUGAUGCGUGUGGCGGCGACUCGCGGCACAUUGGAUGUCGUGACACGUUUCGUCCUGGCUGGCCAUGUCGAUGCCAGCUUUGCAUCAGUUGUCGGGAUCGCUGCAUUGUGCCAAGCCGCCGCGACCGGGAACGACCAUGACACGAUGGCGAAGGUGGCUGCGAUGUCCCCCAGUGAUACGUGGAUCGAACUGGCGUGGAGGAACCUGCGCGCAGCCAACGACACAACAUCCAUGGCUCGGCUCAAGCCGCUUCGGCGGUGGUGGCGGCGCGCCCUUGGGUUUGCUACAACGUGGACGAGAUAACGUCGACAAAAUCUACACCCACCGGAAGUA